AUGCUCCCUCCUCUUCCAGUGAGUUCCCAUCUAAAAACUGUUUUGUCAAAAAAAAAAAAUAAAAAAGUUUUUCUAAUAACUUUCUCUCUCUUCUCCGAUCUGUUUGACCUCAGCCCAAAACUUUCGGAUAUCAUAAGUUUGUCAAAAACCGCUUCAUUUCACAAAUCGGAAAAUUUUUCAGUUGCGUCGUGCGGUCUGGCCGCCCGCUCUUCCUUUGCCGCCGUGCGUGGCUAAGAGCGAGGCUCAAGCCGCUGCUUCUGCUGUUGCGUUGGCCUUGCGUGAGGCCUGGCGGGCCGUCGUGCCGAGGCUGCUGCUGUGGCUACUUGUCGGCUGGGCCACCGCUGAGUCUUUCUUUCUCCUCUCUUGUCUUUUUUCGCUUUCGGAAUGA